AAACAGGUGAUACACAGCUGAACAGGGCAGUGAAGGGUGUGUGUUCUCGUAACUACUGUCAGGUGAACCAGUUCUUACGUGUUGCUUCAGGUAGUUGAAACCACUGAUCUGAACGCUUUCAUUUUCAACCUGAUCUGCCUUGCUCUUGCUCUUGCUCUGAACUCUGCGCUGAAGCCAUGAAGAACGCUAAUCUUUUAUUUCUGCUACUUUAUCUUCAGCAAGUGACAACUGAUCUUCGGAAUGACAACUGCUGUUACUGGAUGGUCUCUAAAGGAUACGACCUGCCUGAAUUUUCAGAAAGGAGAGUUCUGAAUGAAGUCACUGUCUAUUACCAUGACAGCAGUUUAAAAUCCAAAAUGCCCUGUCCUGAUUGGAUCAACACCACCGCAGGGAUACGUGAAUGGGGCCAAAUCCAGUACUGGUCCAACCACAACAGAUUUGUUGGUACCCUUGGUUUACAGUCGGCUAUUAACCAGUUCAACCUGACAGGUACCUUGACUGAUCGUAACAUAUAUCAGGGAUUUGGAUGCUGCUCUCUGUAUCCGAAUGGGACGUACAGCGCGUUUCUGAACCACGCAUUCAACGGGAAGGACUUCACAAGUUUCGACAUCAACAGCAAGACGUUUGUAGCUGCAGUUCCUCAGGCUGUCGUGUACAAGACUCUGCGGGAGAGUGAUCAAAGCACUAUAAAUGAUGUAGCAUCAUACUACCAGAAAACCUGCCUGGAUCGACUGAAAAUAUUAAUGGAAGCUCCCAGAGUCCGUGCUAAAAGAAUUCCAGAUGUUCGGAUCUUAGAGCCGAAGAAGAAGGUCGGCUCUGUUACAGUAACGUGUCAUGUGACGGGGUUUUACCCCCGGGAGGUUCAGGUGUUCUGGCUCGGUUCAGAUCUUCAGCCUGUGGAUGAAGGAGUCACUGAGAUCUUACCCAAUGAUGAUGGAACCUACCAGACCAGAAAGAGUGUGAUAGUUCCAGAGGAGGAUGUAGGAAAACAGAACUACAGCUGUGUAGUUCUGCAUAUCAGCAUACCCAACAACAUCACCAAAGUCUGGGAAGUGAAGGCUGGUGGUGUUGCUGUCUGGAUUCCUCUGCUCUGUAUUUCUUUGUUGGCGUCUGUAAUCGGGAUUGGAGUUUGGUGGCGCUGCAAAACUCGAGAUGCUGUCAUCUGA